AACUAAUAAGUGAAAAAAUCAAGGUGAAAGAAAUGUCGCGAAAUCAAUUACCAGACUCGUCUUCGUCACCGCCCAUAAGUCACUUACCCUUUCACAACUUUGAUGAUGACCUAAUUAACGAUCUGCCGUCCUGCAUAUAUGCGGGACAGCAUCAGGGAGGCAGUACACCCGGUGGAGGUUCCGGUGGAGGCAAUAGCAACACUGGACUGCGUCUCAGCUCAAGCAAUCUGCGGCACAUGCAACAGCAUUAUAUGCAACACAGUGGAGAAAACCUACUGGAUUCUUCUACCAAUUCCAUGGGGGUCCACAAUUCCGGCGGUGGAGGUGCUCCCCUUCUGUGCAAUAGUCCCAGUGCCAGCAGCAGUGGGGGAGGCGGCGGCAACGGAGGAGCUGGGACACCCGGCGGAGUCGGCUCUAAUCCUGGAUAUGGUUCUGUGGGAGGAGCCAGUGCAGCCACGAGCUACAAAAUGCAGCGACAAGCGGCCAAUGUGCGGGAGAGGAAACGCAUCCAGAGGUCCGCACCAACUGGGUACACCAAAUGUAGUAUAAAUUCCGCCUUUGAUGAGCUGAGGGUCCAUGUGCCCACUUUUCCGUACGAGAAGCGUCUAAGCAAGAUCGACACACUGCGCCUGGCCAUUGCCUACAUAUCCUUGCUAAGGGAAGUGCUCCAGACCGACUACGAUCCACUUACCUAUGUGGAGAAGUGUCUACGGGGAGAGAUCAAAGCAGAUCGUGCCAAUUGGAAUACAAGUGAUCUCACCGCUCGGUUGUCCUGGAUUAACUGGGAGAAUUUGGGAGUCCAUCCAGGUCGAAGGACAUUGCUUACUUCGCUGGCUCUUUCAUCAGAGCCCAUGUGUGGAGCCCAUUGCGGAAUGCCAUAGGAUGGGUGUCUCAGGAAGCAACAGGCCUAGCCUCAUCCAUUGCUAAAAGCAGUAGAACCCAUCUGAAACUGGUCUUCCUUGAAGAAGCCAAUAAAGUCUUCCCUUUCCCAAA